AUGGGUGGAGAUGAGCAGCCCAAGCGUUCCAGCGAGCGCAGUCCAGGCUGCAAUGACAAUCUGAAGGUUGCAGCAGCAUCAGGAUCUGCAUUCAAAGCUGUGCGAGACCACAAACCUGUGUGGAUGCUGGAAGACAUGAGAACUAUGGAAUAUUUUUACUGGGAGGAGAAUGCCAGCUUGAGAACGUAUUCACCUUCAGAAGCCCUUCUCUAUGCAGUGGUGCAUAAUCACCUGCCUUACGCUCAGUAUCUGCUGUCUCAUUUUCCAGAGGAGGCUCUCAAGGUACCUGGGGAACAUUUCUGCUAUUGUCCAUCCUCUGCUCCUCACUUGGCCAUGGCGGUCACCUAUGACAGGAGAGAUAUUUUGGGGCUGAUCAUCAAAAUUGCACACAAGAUGCCCAGCUUGAACUCCUACAUCAACCGGACUGGCUGCUUUCAUCUGGAAGAUGGCAAAACCCCUCUGCAUCUUGCCUGUGAAUUGCUGAGGUCAGAGACCGUCCUCAUCCUCCUAGGCAAUGGGGCUUCUCCCAGGAUCAUGGACAGCAAAGGGCUUACCCCUCUGGAUGUCAUCCUGGAGCAAAUGUGGGACUCCAAAGUCAAUGUGGCAUCAAAAAAGCUUUGCCUCGAUUACCUCUUGCUCUUCAUGCCUAAUCCACAGUUUAAGAUGCGGAAAGUCCUGCAGGACCAUCCCGAGCACUGGACAGCUUUGCUAGGGGAAGACAAAUUCAACAGCCUGGUGGGGAACACACCUGCUUCUUUAUACCUGCAAGCUAUGCAAACUAUUCUCCAGUCUCUCCCACCCUCCCACUUCCCUAAAAGCAUCCAGGAACUGCCUAUACCUCAGGCACUAAAGCCCCUACCAUCCUAUGGCAAAAAGCUACAGACAAAAAAUGUGGUAAAUGCUUUUCCUUGA